UAUGAUGUAUACGAGGCCGUGAAAAAGACUAGUGAAUUCAAAUUGCUGGUGCUUUCGCGCGCAAACGAUCAAAACAAAAAUGGCGCUGAUAGGAAAGCGGGAGGACCUGGUGCACGUGCCUUGGUCAUCUGUCGAAGAAUGGCUCCAGGUUUACAAGCAGAUCUACUCGGGAGAUUUGGUCGAGCAAAACAAGGCUCACGAGAUUUUGCUAGUAUGGAAAGCAAGGAUACCCAAAUUACCUGUCGGUGUAGAAUGUACACUAGGUUUGAUACAAGUUUGUCUCAGGGAUAGAGAAUGGACACCAAAGAUAUACACCGGUGAAAUGAAUAUCUCGUAUGAGAAUGACUUGAAAAUGAUGUAUUCAACGGUCAUAAUGAAGUUCUUGAAUCACAUUUCGAAUAUCGCGCAUCAUAAGCAGACUUCCCUGUUUGUCAUUGCCAAGCAGUUGAAUAUUCCUGAUUGGAUAGUUGAUCUCAGACAUGAUACUGCUCAUGGACACGAGUUGCCAUCUAUAGAUGUUAUGCGAGUUGUGGCUAACAUUCUACUGACUUGGCUGCAUGAAGAAUAUUGGGCAGCUGAAGCUAAAAUUUUGGAAGAUUCACAAGAGUUGGAGGACUCAGAGUAUUUGUAUUCCAAGCAUGACGAGGACUUACUUCAUUUAAUCGAGUUAUGGACUGCUAUAGGUCUAUACAUGAAAACUAAACAUGCUCGACUAACAAGUCUUCCAGAUACAGAAAUAAAAGACACUCUUGUGGAACUUUUUAAAAAACUAAAUGUAACAUAUGAGGGAAAACCAGUUACCAUCAGUUCAGCGACAGAACUAUCAACCUUAAGAAACGUCUUACUAUCAGAAAUAUCUAAAAAUUUGUACAAAGGAGAUUACGUUUUAAGGAAAGAAAACGUUGUCAUUGACUCUGUACUCACUAAUGAAGCAUUUCUAACGAAUUCAGAUAUCUUAGCUAUCUUUACUGAUGAAAAAUCCCAAGGAAAGAGCACAAGCUUCUUGCCAGAAUCUUUGAUAGAAUUCUGGAAAGAUUUUCUUUUGUUGUUGCAAGAAAAAAAGUUAUUGCUCUCAUUAUUCCUGCAAUUAAUUGAAGUCGUAAAAAAUGAAAAAGACACAAACAAAAAACUUUUAGCAUCUCUGUGGAUAAAAGCUAUUGCUCAAGCAUUUAAUAAACAGAAAAUCGCUAGGCACAUGUAUCAAACAUUAGAGCAAAAGUGUGAUCACGAAAAUAAGAAAUUAUCGAAUAAAGACUUGCUCAAAGAUGUCCAAAAUGAAUUAGAAAGUUCUCAUCCAGAGUUAACUGGUGUCCUUAAUCUUAACGUGAAUGGAGACUUCCCCAGUUGUCUGACGGACUCAACCUUUGUAAAAAGACUGAUCUUAAAUUUUAAUGAAUAUUCCGAGCACUAUAUUCCAGAGAUAUUAAAAAUUUCAUCAAUUCUCGACAAUGAUUCGGCUGCAAAAGACAAAUUAAUGGACCUUAUAAAAAUACAAUCGCAAGAAGUUAAAGAUGAUGUGAUGGAGGUUGAAAAUGUCGAACCAACGGUCAAAGUAUACACUAUUGAUGAUAUCAAAGAGAUAAAAAAACACCAAAAAAGUAAACAAAAGCAUAAAGGAUCCGAUAAUGAACUUGCCGAUUCGACGAUUCGUAACACAAACUGGAAAUUGGCACCAAUGAAUUACGAUUGGAGUUCGUGUCCCAUUGGAAUCCUACCUUGGCAGAAGGACGAUUUGCAGACAAUCGAACCAUUAAUGGUACCACCUUCGGAGGUUCACUACGCAACCAUCAAAAACUUGAGUCUGCCCAAGAUUGUAGAUUCUAACAGAUUAAAAAUGCACAGUAAGAUUCAGUGGGAGAAUCUUUUGAAAAAGAAAAAGAAGAAGAAAUCAAAGAAGGUGGCUGACCCCACUGAACACACCCUCGUCAAUCGAGCUGUGAAGAAUGCAAAAAGUUUACAACAAAUAAACGGCGAAAGAUAAGAAGCGUAACAUUUAAACAUUAAAUGAAUGUAAAUAUGUUUGAUUAACGGCGUAUAAUGUUCAAUGAACUUGAAUUUUCCCAAGUAAGGGCAGAUUCAGUGAAAAUAAAUACGAAGCAUAUUUGAAUAUUAUAUAUUAUAUGUAUUUAUUAUUAUUAUUUAACACAUUUUUGUACAAGUAAAUUAGUUAUGAAUAAGUACAACUUGGUAGCAAAGAGAGAUAGAAUUAAUUAUUUCAUUUAUAUUUUAUAUCAUAGUGAGAAGAGAGAGGAGAUAUAUCUUAUGUAAUUCAUUCGUAUAAUUAUUUUCUUUCAUUCAUUUUUUGUGUAUACUUUGUAUAAUUAAAUUUUCAUUUUUUAUGUUUCUGACCGCAAUAUCAUCUUGCACAUGACCCCCUCGCGCACAACGCUUCUCUCGGAUCAUCCUGAUCACGCUACUCGUCGCCAUCAUCGAAUCCGCGCGUAAACGAACAGAAGAGUGCAAAAUACACUUUUCCGCAGAUGGAGAACAUACACGUGCGGCAAUGCCAUCGCUUUAUACUCGACCUUCAUUCGAUGCGCCGGCCUUGCUCUAUAUAACGUUACUUAGCUUGAACUUCUCCACCUUUGCUUAUUUGAACCUUAAAAUUGUCAUCUUAUAUAUUUUUUUAUUUCUUUUGUUUCAUUAUUUCAUCAUUACUUUUAUUAUACUUCAUCAUCGCCAUUAUCAUCAUCAUCAUCAUCAUCAUCAUCAUCAUCAUCGAAUAAACCACGCGAUUCCCUAAAGAAGAGGUAGAAAAAACAGCGAAAACGACGACAAAUUCCCCGGGAUGCGACGCGGGACGAUAUUUAUGUAUAAUUAAUGUUAAUUAUGUAUAAUAUUUAUAAUUGUUUUAAAAUUCGAGCUGAAGGAGAGUCUGUCUCUCUCGCUCGCUCUCUCUCUCUCUCUCUCUCUCUCUCUCUCUCUCUCUCUCUCUCUCUUUCUCUUUAGUCUGUCAGACUGGAUUCGCGCGAAAAAAACGCAGAUCCCUGCACACCCUUUCUCUUUCUCUCCAUAACCUUUGAAUUUGGGGUAUUCUGCGCUCCGCGAGAGAACAUACACAGGUUAUAAUCGACACACGAGCCGUAUAGUGACAAUUAAAAAGAGAAAGUGACGCAAAGCGGCGCAGGAUAGACACGAGAACGUUUUUUUUAAUGAAUUUUUUCUUUUUUCUUAUUUAACCAUGAAUUUUCUUAAAUCUUUCUCUCUCUACCAUCGCUCCUCUCCAAAUCGCACUCUUUCGCUUUCACGCAUCUACUCGCGGAUUUUCACCUGUACCGACAAUUUGCGUCUUUGAGGAUUGAAUAGUAUUUCUCCUUUUUUGAUUUAUUUGGCGUACGUGUACAGUAUAGUCGAGUGAUUUACAUGUUCCGCCUCCCCCUCUCUCUCUCUCUCUCUCUCUCUCUCUCUCUCUCUCUCUCACAUUUCGAUAAUUUUGACUUGAUGAUCCGUUCUUUCUCUUCAACAAGAGAAAGACUGGCCUCGUAGCAACGGAUCUACAAAUCGUGUAUGUAUGCAUAACGCGCGGACAUUAAAAACGAAACAGAUCUUCUCUCAGAUACUUAUAUAGAAAAGCGCGAGAAAGACGCAUAUAUUUGCACGUGAACUUAUACUCAAAUAUUCCCUCUAAAAACGGACACUAUCUCCGACGAAUCGACGCGCACUUGCAACGUUUUUUUUCUAUGUACGAUUCGGUAUAAACGAUUUUUAAAAAAGGCGGGGUUCCAGUUUAAAAAAUUCAAGUAUAAGUUCUUGCUUAAUCGAAG